CCUGUCGGAGAGCCCCGUGCGUGUGUGUGUGUGUUCAGUGACAGUACUUAUAAAGCAAGCACGGACUGCAUCUCAUCAUUUUCUGUCAUCAUGGAGCUGAAACUUCCACUUGUGUUAUUCUGCCUCUGUGCUUUGGCCAUUACUUCAACUGAAGCCGCCAUCCCAAAGUGCUGCAUCAGAACCAAAAACCACAUCCCUCUCCAAAUGCUACGGAAGGUCCAGCGGUGGUCCAUGCAGAGCGGCGGCCGCGCCUGUGACAUCUCUGCUCUGCUGCUGCAUGUGAAGGACAUGAGGACGCCUGUAUGUGCUCAUCCCAAAGUGUUGGGAAUCCUGAAGAAAGUGCGGCAGCAGACAAUCAGGAACAAGCAGAAAUGAGUUUUUUGAGACGUCGUCAUUUUGGCUCCUUCUUUUAAUUGAUUAUGAUCAUUGAAACCUUCUAGCGCUUUGAUAUUUGAAUCAUUAUGCUCUAUAAUUCUACUCUGCUAUAUUUCUGAGGUUAUAAUUUGAUUACAUUUAUCUAGUUACUUUUAAAAACAGGAUUUUAACUACAAAAGCUCAUAAAAUGUGAUGCAGUGUUGUGGAUUACGCUACGCUACAGUAUGUGAAGUGAACUUUAACAUAUAGUUGCUUUAUUCUUCCUUACGGGUACUUUCACUCUGAGUAUAUUUCAUUGCUAAUACAUUUAUAUAUAUAUAUAUAUAUAUAUACAUUGAGUUUUAAUUGUUCUUCUAGUGUGUUAAAUGUGACUUAAUAAAAGGUGUUAUUUUUCUUUGAG